AUGGAAGGCUGCGAGGUAGCGAUGUUUAUUGAGCAGCAAACACGACCUCUCCCGCCUGCGUAUGAUUUUAAGGACACCUCUAAAAUCACCCUUGUUGACGUCCAGUUACUGGCUGCCAUGGGGCCUCCAGGGGGUGGGAGGAAUCCUGUCAGCCCUAGGUUCCUGCGACACUUCAACAUUUGCACCAUCAACUCUUUCGGUGAUGAAACAAUGAUCCGCAUCUUCUCUACUGUAGUAGCCCUUUACCUAAGAGUUAAUGACUUUGCUUCUGACCUCUCCACGGCUGGAAAUCAAAUUGUCACUGCCACUUUAGAGGUGUAUAAGAAAGCCAUCAAAAAUCUUUUGCCCACACCAGCCAAAUUUCAUUAUACCUUCAACCUGCGUGACUUUUCACGGGUUAUCUAUGGCUGUUUGCUCACUAAGAAAAGUGCAGUUGAAAGCAAACGUGUGAUGAUUCAGCUGUUUGUACACGAGGUGUUUCGUGUCUUCUAUGACCGUCUGGUGGAAGAUGAUGACAGAGCCUGGUUGUUCAAUCUAGUGAAAGAUAUUGUAAAAGAACAUUUCAAAGAAGCAUUCGAUAAAGUUUUUGCACACCUUAAGGAAGGAAACUCACCUGUAACAGAAGAAGACAUGAGAAGUUUGUGUUUUGGUGACUACAUGAUUCCAGAACUUAAGGGAGAUGAAAGGCUUUAUGCUGAGGUUCCAAGCAUUGAGGAGUUCAGUGAUGUCGUGGAGCAGUGUCUGGAUGAAUAUAAUCAAACCCAGAAAACAAGAAUGAACCUUGUUGUUUUCAGGUACAUGUUGGAACAUUUAUCUCGAAUAAGCCGCAUUCUGAAGCAGCCAGGGGGAAAUGCUCUGCUGGUUGGAAUGGGAGGAAGCGGGCGGCAGUCUCUGACUCGCCUGGCAGCGUUCAUGGCAAGAAUGUGUGUUUUUCAACCAGAGAUAUCUAAGACCUAUGGUACCAGUGAGUGGAGAGAAGAUCUGAAGACACUUCUGAGGAAUGCAGGUGUUAAAGGCUUGAAAACUCUAUUUCUAAUCACAGACACGCAAAUUAAAGAAGAAAGCUUUUUAGAAGAUCUUGACAGUGUCCUCAGCACAGGAGAGGUUCCCAAUCCUUUUGCAGCAGAUGAAAAACAAGAAAUUGUAGAGGGUGUUCUUGCAGCAGUUCGGUCUGGUGAUAAAGGUGAAGAACUCAGUCCCUUGGCUUUGUAUGCACUUUUUAUGAACUUCUGCAAAGAAAACCUCCAUACUGUGGUGGCAUUCAGCCCAAUUGGAGAUGCUUUCCGCAAUCGUCUGAGGCAGUUUCCAUCACUCAUCAACUGCUGUACUAUUGAUUGGUUCCAGCCGUGGCCUGAAGAUGCCUUGGAACGUGUGGCCAAUAAGUUCUUAGAAACACUUCAGCUCACAGACACUGAGCGUCAGGGAAUUGUGCCCAUCUGUAAAUACUUUCAUACUUCAGUUUUGUCACUCUCUGAAAGGUUCUUACAAAGUAUGGGACACCAUAAUUAUGUUACUCCUACUUCUUAUCUUGAGCUUAUUGCUUCAUUUCGGAGGCUUCUUACUGAGAAACGAGACAGUGUCAUGAAGGCCAAGAAGAAAUAUGUGAAUGGGCUAGAUAAACUAGCUUUUGCUGAGUCACAGGUUGGUAGGAUGAAAGUAGAGCUUCAGCCCAAACUAGAAGAGGCAAAAGUGGAAAAUGCAAGCAUGAUGAAGAUUAUAGAAGUAGAAUCUGCAGGAGUAGAAGAAAAAAGAAAAAUUGUAAAAGUGGAUGAAGAAAUUGCUACAGAAAAAGCUGAAGAAGCUCAGGCACUGAAAAAUCAAUGUCAGAGUAGUGACCUGGCAGAGGCAAUACCUGUCAUGGAGGCUGCAAUCAGUGCUCUUGGCACUUUGAAGCCUUCUGAUAUAGCAGUUGUCAAAACAAUGAAAAAUCCUCCCUCUGGUGUCAAACUUGUCAUGGCUGCUGUCUUUGUCAUAAGAGGAAAAAACCCUGAAAGAAUUGCAGAUCCUUCAGGGUCUGGAGGCAAGAUUUUGGAUUACUGGACUGCAGGCCAGAAAAUGCUUGGCAACAUGAAUUUCUUAAAGGAAUUGAAAGCCUGUUCUGAGAAACCCAUUCCAGUAACUGUCAUGCAGAAGAUUCGGACUGAGUACCUGACUAAUCCAGAGUUUGAUCCACAAGUGGUGGCUAAAGCUUCCUCAGCAGCAGAGGGUUUAUGCAAAUGGAUUAAGGGAAUGGAAGUCUUUCACAGGGUACACAAAGAGAUUGAACCCAAAAAAGAACGUUUAAAAGUGGCAGAGGAGUCCUUGGCAACGACAAUUACAAUGGAACUGUUGAAUCAGAAGAGAGAAGAACUUGCAGCAGUUGAAGGCUGUUUGGCUGCUUUGGAACAAACUUUCACUGAAAAGAUGGAAGAAAAGGCUCGUUUUGAAUUCCAGGUUGAUAUGUGUGCUAAAAAACUGGAACGAGCAGAGAAGUUGAUUAGAGGCCUUGGCGGAGAGAAAACAAGAUGGAAUCAAGCUGCAUAUGAUCUUCAAGAGGAAUAUGAUAAUCUGACAGGAGAUAUUCUGAUAUAAGCUGGUGUAAUAGCUUAUCUGGGAGCUUUUACUGCUGGGUUUCGACAAGAAUGUACCAAAGAUUGGAGUAAACUGUGCAAGGAGAAAGAAAUCCCAUGUUCUGAGAAUUUCUCUUUGAGCAAGAGUCUUGGUGACCCAAUAAAAAUAAGAGCCUGGAAUAUUGCUGGUUUGCCAACUGAUGUAUUUUCUGUAGACAAUGGGGUCAUUGUUGACAAUUCAAGACGUUGGCCAUUAGUGAUUGAUCCUCAAGGUCAAGCAAAUAAAUGGAUCAAGAAUUUUGAGAAGGACAACCAUCUGAGUGUUAUCAAGAUCAGUGACACAGAUUGUAUGAGAACUGUGGAAAAUUGCAUUCAGUUUGGGACUCCACUGCUGCUAGAAAAUGUUGGAGAAGAACUAGACCCAUCUCUUGAACCUUUGCUGCUUAAACAGACUUUUAAACAAGGAGGUAUGGAGUGUAUCAGGCUUGGUGAGAGCAUUAUCAAGUAUUCCAGUGAUUUCAAGUUUUUUAUUACCACAAAACUAAGAAAUCCACACUAUUUGCCUGAACUUGCCACAAAAGUUUUAUUACUCAAUUUUAUGAUAACACCAGAGGGACUUGAAGACCAACUGUUAGGUAUUGUUGUAGCAGAAGAGAGGCCAGAUUUAGAAGAGGAAAGAAAUGCUCUCAUUGUUCAGUCUGCAGCCAACAAAAAGAAUCUACAAGAAACUGAGAAGAAAAUUUUAGAAACUUUGGAGUUGUCUGAAGGUGAUAUUCUGGAAGAUGAGACUGCCAUCCAGGUCUUGGAUUCUGCCAAAAUCAUGGCUAAUGAGAUCACAAGAAAACAGCAUGUAAGGAAGAAGACAGAGCUGAAGAUCGCGGAGUCACGGGAGGCGUAGCGGCCCAUGGCACAGCACUUGGCUGUGAUGUUCUUCAGCAUUGCAGACAUGGCCAACAUCGACCACAUGUACCACUACUCUCUCAGCUGGUUUGUCAAUCUCUUCAUCAGCUCCAUUCAUGACAGUAAUAAAUCCAAAAUUUUGACGAAGCGACUUCAGUAUCUAAAUGACCACUUCACCUACAAUCUGUACUGCCAAGUCUGUCGUUCACUGUUUUAAACGGACAAGCUGCUCUUCUCGUUUUUGUUGUGCUGUAAUCUGCUCAUGGCUAAUGGUGAAAUAGAACAUCAAGAGUUUAUGUUUUUACUUACUGGAGGUAUGGGUCUCAAGAAUGAGCACAAGAAUCUGGAUCCAGCUUGGCUAUCAGAUAAGAGCUGGGAUGAAUUAUGUUGUGCAAGUGAAUUCCCAGCUAUGGAAAGACUGAGGAGUCAUGUCUCUGAAAAUACAGGUGAAUGGCAAAAAAUGUACGAUAGCAAAGAACCUCAAAACUUUCCAUUACCAGAAGAGUUGAAUAAUACAUUAACUGAAUUUCAGAAGAUUAUAAUUCUUCAGUGCUUAAGACCAGACAAGAUUGGUUCAGCUAUAACAACAUUUGUUACUGAGAAACUGGGGAAGAAAUUUGUAGAGCCACCGCCUUUUGAUCUAGCAAAAAGCUACUUAGAUUCAACUGCUACAGUCCCUUUAAUAUUCGUGCUAUCUCCGGGAGCAGAUCCCAUGUCUAGCCUCCUGAAACUGGCAAAUGACAGAGAGAUGGUAGGAGAUAAAUUUCAGUCCAUCUCAUUAGGACAAGGACCAAUAGCUACAAAAAUGAUUCAAACAGGGAUGGAAGAAGGAACAUGGGUUUGUUUACAAAAUUGUCAUUUAGCUGUCUCCUGGAUGCCAGUGCUGGACAAAAUAUGUGAGGAGCUUAACAGUGAAAAAUGCCACCCAGAAUUCAGACUUUGGCUUACAAGUUACCCUUCACCAAAGUUUCCAGUAACUGUUCUGCAGAAUGGAGUGAAGAUGAUAAAUGAACCUCCUACUGGUCUCCGGUUAAACCUACUUCAGUCAUUUCUUUCUGAUCCUAUUUCUGAUCCUGAAUUCUUUGCUGGAUGCCCUGGAAAGGAGCUGAUAUGGGAGAAACUACUCUUUGGAGUUUGUUUCUUCCAUGCUCUUGUUCAGGAGAGAAGGAAGAUUUGGCCCCUUGGUUGGAAUAUACCCUAUGGAUUUAAUGAAUCCAACUUGCGAAUCAGUAUCAGACAGCUGCAGUUAUUUAUCAAUGAGUAUAGCUAUGUUCCCUUUGAAGCUAUCUCUUACCUGACUGGUGAGUGUAACUAUGGAGGUCGAGUGACAGAUGACUGGGACAGAUGUCUGCUGCUUACAGUGCUGGAUGACUUCUAUAACCCAGAUAUAAUUGAAAAUCCUCGUUACAAUUUUUCUCCCAGUAGCAACUACUAUGCUCCUCCCAAAGGCACUUAUGAGGAGUACAUUGAGUUUAUUAAGAAUCUUCCCUUUACUCAGCACCCAGAGGUAUUUGGCUUGCAUGAAAAUGUGGAUAUUGCAAAAGAUCUUCAGCAAACUAAUACCCUUUUUGAAUCUCUGCUUUUAACACAAGGAGGAGGCACUCAGGGAACUUCUGGGGGUGGUGACAGCACUCUUUAUGCAAUUGCAGAUGAUAUUCUCAGCAAGCUUCCAAAGGAUUUUGACAUUGAAAGUUGCCUUAUUAAAUAUCCUGUGAGAUAUGAGGAAAGUAUGAAUACUGUGCUGGUGCAAGAAAUGGAAAGAUUUAACCAUUUAAUCCGAACUAUUGGCAUUACACUAAUUAACCUGAAGAAAGCCAUUAAAGGACUGGUUGUUAUGGAUGCUGACCUGGAGGCUCUGUCUGGCAGUCUCCUGGUUGGAAAAGUUCCUGAGAAGUGAGCACAGCAUUCAUACCCAAGUCUAAAACCACUAGGGAGCUAUGUUGUUGAUUUGCUAGCAAGGCUGAAGUUUUUACAGGAUUGGUAUGAGUUAGGGAAGCCUGCUGUUUUUUGGCGUUUUUUUACUCAAGCUUUCCUAACUAGAGCCAUGCAAAACUAUGCUAGGAAGCACAGGAUCCCUAUUGACCUUCUAGGAUAUGAAUUUGAGGUUAUUCCUCAGGAUACUGCUGAUACUCCACCAGAGGACGGUGUUUACAUCCAUGGAUUAUUUUUGGAUGGAGCUUGCUGGGACAGGACCAAGGGAAUGUUAACUGAGCAGUAUCCCAAAGUGCUCUUUGAUGCCAUGCCAAUCAUUUGGAUAAAGCCAACUGUAACAUCAGACAUAAAGGAGUCAAAUGCCUAUGUUUGCCCACUCUACAAGACAAGUGAGCGCAAAGGGGUCCUGUCCACUACUGGGCAUUCCAUGAACUUCGUCAUUGCUUUGAUGCUCAACACGGACCAGCCAGUCCAGCACUGGAUCAAGAGAGGUGUAGCCUUGCUGUCCCAGCUGGAUGACUGACUGCACACAGUUCACAUACAGACUUCACACCAUCUUGUUCUCUUGGCUGGCUUACAGAGGAAGUGGAACUUAGUGCGUAGAAGACACAUCUGGAGGUUUUUUUAUUGUAAGAGGGCAUAAAAAUACUCUCUCUGACCCUGAAGCUUUUGUAUUCUCUGUGUGUUAUUAUUAUUAUGACCGUCUUUACAAUCUGUAAGCCAUACAACUAGGAAUUUAGCCCUUGGUGAUAUUAUUAAAAUGUGAGCAUCUUUCUUGUGAUUAGUUGAAUAUCACAAAACAUAUUUUCAUGGGAAAUGAAAGUAGUCUGCACUUUCUGAGAAAAACAUUACAGAUAAUAAAUUUGAUUCUGCA